UUGACGUGUGAUGACAUUUGACAGUUUGACUCUAUUGUAUAGUUAGACUUGUGUUUUAGAGAAUUUCUUGUGAAAAUCUUCAGAUAUUGUAUUAAAAAUGGCAACUGUAGCAGAAUUACAGAAGAGAGUACGUGAAUUGGAAGCUAAGCUAGCCGCUGCCCAGGGAAAUGCCGGCCCAGUGCGUCAGAAAAUCGAUGUAAUGUCGUCGGAAGUUGUGGACUCCAAUCCAUACAGUCGUCUGAUGGCACUCAAACGAAUGGGCAUAGUGGAGAACUAUGAGAAGAUAAGAGAACUAUCAGUGGCUGUGGUGGGAGUGGGGGGAGUGGGCAGUGUCACUGCUGAGAUGCUCACAAGAUGUGGGAUUGGCAAGCUAAUCUUAUUUGACUAUGACAAGGUGGAACUAGCAAACAUGAACAGGCUAUUCUUCCAGCCUCACCAGGCAGGUCUGAGCAAAGUGGAUGCAGCAGCUGCUACCUUACAAUCCAUCAACCCAGAUGUUGUCAUAGACACCUACAACUAUAAUAUCACCACAAUGGAGAACUUUCAGAACUUUUGUGACACUAUAAGCACGGGCAGUCUAACAGGUGGCCCCGUAGAGCUGGUGCUGAGCUGUGUGGACAACUUCGAGGCUCGCAUGGCCAUCAACACAGCUUGCAAUGAGCUCAACCAGCACUGGUUCGAGUCGGGAGUCAGUGAGAAUGCAGUGUCGGGCCACAUACAGUUCAUUAUACCUGGGGAGACGGCGUGCUUUGCGUGCGCCCCACCAUUAGUAGUGGCUUCCAAAAUAGAUGAGAAGACGUUGAAGAAGGAAGGGGUCUGUGCCGCUAGUUUGCCCACUACCAUGGGAAUUGUUGCUGGUUUCUUAGUACAAAACACACUAAAAUACUUGUUAAAUUUCGGGAACGUCAGUUACUAUUUGGGAUACAGCGCAUUGACAGACUUCUUUCCUACUAUGACUUUGAGGCCUAACCCCCAAUGCGACGAUCAGUACUGCCGCCAGAGACAGACGGAGUUCAAGGCUAAGCCGGUGGUGGAACUGGCCACCGAGGUGACGGAGGACGCGAGCCCCAUACACGCGGAGAAUGAGUGGGGUAUAAGUUUAGUGGACGAGAAUUCGCCAGAGGAAGAAACGCCCACCCUCAAACUUGUGGACGGUGUACAGGUGGCGUACAGCAUCCCCGUGGAUAGCAGCACUCCUGAGUCCAGCACGGGCGGCGCGGUGGCGGCCUCCGAGCUGUCCCUCGAGGAGCUCAUGCAGCAGAUGAAGUCCAUGUGAACAGGUCCGAAGCAGUAAGACAAGUCCUAAUUAAAAUUACCGGUCAAGUGCAAGUCGGACUCGUACACGGAGGGUUCCGUACCAAAAAAUAAAACUUUUUAAUUUUUUGUGAUGUCCAAAAUCACAAAUACAUGGUUUUCGGAUUUUUCCUUUUAGGUUGGUACCUACUAGUGUUUUAUACUACCUGCCAAAUUUCAUGAUUCCAGGUCAACGGGAAUUAGUCUAUAGGUACGACGAAGUACGCGAUCGUAGUGUUCCAUGACUUGAGGUACAGAGUUCCGUACCAUCGUACACAAUUGUCUAUCUAUAACGGUUCACGUGAUACAGUCCGCUGACAGACAGACGGACGGACGGACAGACAGCGGAGUCGUAAUAGUCCCGUUGGCACCGUUUGGAUGCGGAACCCUAAAAAGGUUCGGUUCUUCUUAUUUUGUAUAAAAUAAGGUUCGUUUUUUCGUAAAAUUAUUCCCAUUUGUAAAUCAAAAUUACUUGGGGUUCGGUUAAAAAAUACAAUCAUAGUUGCUUCCUUAAUUUUUUAAAUAAAAAUGAGUGAGAUUAUGUAUUCACAGAGUAGGUAACACAAGUUUUGUUCUGGAUGUCCCGUCCAGUAGAUUUUAAGUUAUUAGUUAUAUUAAACUAACAAUUUGGAAAUCGGCAAAAAAAGUUAUAUUUUG